AUGAUAUCCAGCUGUAAUGAUGAGCCUCACCAAACGUCAUCUUCGUCUUUCUCUGCAUCAUCUGAUUCAGAUUCAGCUGACGACUAUGCAGUAUCCACCAUGGACACAGAAUCUGAGAGGUAUAUGCCAGUUAUUCUCAGUAAUCCAGGUACAGUUCAUGACUGUACCUGGACUUUUGGAGAAAUCGUGACCAUCAAUGCUUUCAAAGAUGCGCAAUAUAAGCCCCAAUUACAUGUUAAUAACAUACCAAACAUGACUGAGUUAGAUUUUUGGCUAGCAUUUUUUCCGUCUGAAGAUAUAGAUCUUAUUAUCCAAAGUACCAAUGCAAGAUUGAGGGAGCGCCAAAGAGCUGUAACCAAGGGCGACCUGUACAAGGCUUUAGGAAUUAUAUAUGUGAUGACUCUGAAUUCACUGCAUACAAAGCAUACAAAGCGAGAGUAUUGGAGUACCGAAUCUGGUUUGUUUCCGGCUCCUGCUUUUGGUCAAAGGUUUGGGAUGGGAUUACAUCGAUUCGAAGAAAUCAUCAAUUGCCUAGCAUUUGCAAUACCUACUGCUGAAGAACUUAACAAUGAAGAAAAUAUGGAUAACGGGUACCAAGUCAGAGCGUUCUUCCAUAUGACAACAUCUAAAUGGAAUGAUAUUUACAGCCCGGGCUAUAAGGUAACCGUCGACGAAUCGAUGUUUGCGUGGUACGGGAAAGGACUUCAUAAUGAACGCGAUGGUAUGCCAGCUGUAAUAAAAAUACAAAGAAAGCCAAAAGGUGUCGGUUGCGAAUGCAAAACCAUUGCUGAUGUUCAGUCUGGAAUCAUGAUAGGGCUUGAAAUAAACGAAGGAAAAGAAGCAAUGCAGAAAAAGGAAUGGCAACGAGAACUGGGCGCAGGAACUGCGACAACUCUGAGACUUACCCGUCCGUGGCAUGGAUCUGGACGUAUUGUAGUAGGCGACUCGUGGUUUGCUUCUGUCAAGACGGCUAUAGAGCUCAAUAAAAGGGGCCUGAAUUUUUUAGGAAUCGUAAAAACAGCAACCCGAAAUUAUCCAAUACAGGACGCAAAAAUACGUUGCCCAGAAGAAAAAGACAAGUCUAUUGCUGCCACCUGUGUGAUCGCAGAUCCAUACAUCAAACUAACAUGUGUUGCUUGGCGUGACAAGAAGGUUCACACAUUCAGAGGUUCUUGCAGUACAACUCUGCCAGGUGAACCUGCGAGAAAAAAAAGGACAGAUGCUAACGGAAAAACCAUUAUCAAAGAAGUGGAGCGAAUCAAGCUAGUGGAGGAUUAUUUUGAUGGAGUCCGCGCAGACGAUAUUCAUAACCAUAUUCGUCAAAACGGCUUAGCUCUAGAAACUACAUGGAAUACUCAGAGAAGGCAGCAUCAAAUGUUUGCUAGCAUGUUUGGAAUUAUAGAGACAAAUGCCUUUCUAGCGUAUAAAUGUUUUAAAAAAGAUUUUAAUAAAAAGCAUUCUGAUUUUACUGCAGCUUUGGCAUUACAACUUAUUAAUUAA